GCAAAGUUCACCUCGUCGGACGUUUCCUGCAGACUCAGAUCCAAUCAUGUCGAAGACUAAGGAUAUGGGCUCCUCCAUCAUCCAUACGCAGCAGAUGCAUGCUGCCAUGGCCGACACGUUCAUCGAGCACAUGUGCCUGCUGGACAUCGACUCUGAACCUGCUGUGUCUCGCAACACUGGCAUCAUCUGCACGAUCGGACCUGCCUCCCGGUCUGUGGAUAUGGCCAAGGAAAUGAUCAAGGCUGGGAUGAACAUUGCAAGAAUGAACUUCUCUCAUGGCACACAUGAAUACCACGCUGAGACCAUCAAGAAUAUGCGUGAGGCAACUGAGAGCUUUGUGCCAGGAUCUGCUGACUACAGACCAGUGGCAAUCGCUCUGGACACCAAGGGACCAGAAAUCAGGACCGGUCUUAUCAAGGGCAGUGGCACCGCUGAGGUUGAGCUCAUGAAGGGUGAAACCAUCAAGCUCACACUCGAUGACCAGUGGAUGGAGAAAUGUGAUGAGAAAGUUCUGUGGCUCGACUACAAGAACAUCACCAAGGUUGUAAAGACCGGAAGUAACAUCUACAUUGACGAUGGUCUGAUUUCUCUAAAGGCUAAGGAAGUUGGAAACGACUUCAUCAUGUGUGAAAUUGAGAACGGCGGUAUGCUGGGCAGCAAGAAGGGCGUCAACCUGCCUGGAGCUGCUGUCGACCUGCCCGCUCUGUCUGAGAAGGACAUUCAGGACCUGCAGUUUGGUGUGGAGCAGGGUGUUGACAUGGUCUUCGCCUCCUUUAUCCGUAAGGCUGCUGACGUUCAGGCUGUCAGGAAAGUUCUGGGCGAGAAGGGCAAGGACAUCAAGAUCAUCAGCAAGCUGGAGAACCAUGAGGGUGUGCGCAGAUUUGAUGAAAUCCUGGAGGCCAGUGACGGCAUCAUGGUUGCACGUGGUGACCUGGGUAUUGAGAUCCCAACAGAGAAGGUUUUCAUUGCCCAGAAGAUGAUGACUGGCAAGUGCACCAGGAUCGGCAAGCCCAUCAUCUGUGCCACACAGAUGCUGGAGAGCAUGACCAAGAAGCCCCGCCCUACUCGCGCUGAGGCCAGUGAUGUUGCAAAUGCUGUGCUGGAUGGCAACGACUGCAUCAUGCUGAGUGGUGAGACCGCCAAGGGAGACUACCCGCUGGAGGCUGUGCUCACGCAGCACAGAAUUGCCCGUGAGGCCGAGGCAGCCAUGUUCCACAGGCAGAUGUUCGAGGAGCUCCGCCGCACCUCUCAUCUGACCCGUGACCCCACAGAGACCAUCGCUAUCGGUGCAGUUGAAGCUUCCUUCAAAUGCUGCGCGAGCGCCAUCAUCGUGCUUACCAAGUCUGGAAGGUCCGCUCACAUGCUGUCAAGGUACAGGCCUCGCGCUCCCAUCAUGGCUGUGACCCGCUGCGGUCAGACUGCCCGCCAAGCCCACCUGUACCGCGGCGUGUACCCCGUGCUCUACACCAAGGCUGCCAACGACGUCUGGGCUGAGGACGUUGAUCUGCGUGUGAACUUUGCCCUGGAAUACGGCAAGCACCGCAAAUUCUUCAAGUCUGGUGAUGUGGCUCUCGUUGUGACCGGCUGGCGCCCCGGUUCCGGUUACACCAACACCGUGAGAGUCGUGCUGGUGCCUUGAACAUCAUCAGAGGACAUUAGUAACCACUCCCCUUCCCCAUCCCCAUUCCCUUAACAGAAACACAACACCUUGACGUUUCUUCAAAGGACUUUAAAAACUUUUUUUCACAAACAGAAACUCUCUGAAUCCCGUUAUUCAUAUUUAUUGAUUUUUGUCUAAAUCCUGCUGCCCAAGACUGAACUCAGAACCUUUUAGUGGAAAUCCUCCGUCACCUGUGUCGACUCUGUUCAGAUGACGGACACAGUGAAGUUCACAUUCUGUCAUUCCUUGGUUAUUUGUUCUUUGAUUGUCCAGGGAUACACAUUUACAUGUAUACUUAUUGUUUUCUCCAGUGCUGAACUGAAAUCUGGCACAAAACAUCAUUGUGAAGUGAUCUGGCAUGUCUGGUCCAUCCAUUAAAAGGAACUGUUCGGUU